CUUCAGGUUAGGACUCCCAUUGGAGUAACGAUUGGAAAACGGUUGCCUCUGUCGUUAAAACUCACUAGAAACUACGCAAAUUCUCUCGGAUACACUUCAGGAGACAACGACCAAAGGAUUAAAAUCUACGGUAGACACUAGAUAAGAGCCGUGUCGGUUUAUUUAGCCGAACUGAUUGAUCACGGACUGUGUAUAUACAUAUAUAUGUGUGUGCGCGUUUGUGUUAGGACACACGCACAGUCACAGGUUGCUAGCGGAGUUAACGCUAACCUAGCUAGCCAAGUUAGCAAGGAGCUGCUAGCUUUCCAUUCACUGGGUUUAAAACCAGCUGGGAGCAAGCUUAAAUGAUCUGUCCGUCGUUUUGCAGACAGUGUGCUACAUGAUUCAGUCAUGAUGUGGUGUUUUUUGGGACGUUUAUCAAGUUGGCCAGCUGGUAGCAUCGGCUGACUACAGCCAAAGGUUGCUGUGAGUUGCUGCGACUUGUGUUUUACUCCCGUGUGUGUGUAUGUGUGUGUGAGAGAGAGAGUCUGUGUGUUUUUCCUCUUUUUUUUUUUUCUCCUCAUUUUCCGCAACUGUUUUUGGCUGUUUCUUUUAAAGUGGACUUUGCCCUCGGGGUGUUUUAACUCACUCCCCUCCAUUAAAUAAAAAGCCUCUAUUGAUUCUUCUGUUGGACUAUUUAAAAACUUGCCAGGAAGUUUUUCCGUUUUUUGGACGAAGAAAAAAAGUUUGCCUGUUGGGAGGUUUAGGAUUUUUUCCGAGCCUGUGGAAAAAUGGAUGCGGGUAUAGAGAAGGAAUGCAGCGCCCUGGGAGGGCUCUUCCAGCUCAUCAUGAACGACAUGAAGGCCAGUUAUCCUACCUGGGAAGACUUUGUAACUAAAGGAGCAAAGCUACAAUCACAGCUCAGGACAACCAUCGUGGUUACUGGAGCCUUUUUGGAUGCUUUUCAGAAGGUGGCAGACAUGGCAACUGGGACCAGAGGUGCCACUAAAGAGAUUGGCUCAGCACUAACCAGGAUGUGUAUGAGACACCGCAGCAUCGAAUCCAAGCUCAAACUGUUCACAACAGCUCUAUCUGAAAGUCUCAUCACUCCACUUGAGUCAGCAAUGGAAGACUGGAAAAAAAGGGCCAAUCAGCUGGACAAAGACCAUGCCAAAGAGUAUAAGAAGGCCAGAGCAGACAUUAAGAAGAAAUCAUCAGACACCAUCAAACUGCAGAAGAAGGUGAAGAAAGGGAAGGACGAAGCUCGGGGCCAGCUGGACAGCGCGCUACAGGACGUCAACGUGCGCUACGCUGUUCUGGAGGACACAGAAAAGCGAGCCGUGUGCAAAGCAAUGAUAGAAGAAAGAGCUCGCUACUGCAGCUUUGUCAGCAUGUUAAAGCCUGUGCUGGACCAUGAGAUCAACAUGCUCAGUGAGGUGACCCACCUACAGACCAUUCUGGAAGAUCUGACCAACCUGACAGCUGAACCUAAUAAACUCCCAGCAGCCAGUGAACAGGUGAUUUUGGACCUGAAAGGGUCGGAUUUCAACUACACCUAUCAGACACCACCAGCUUCUCCCAGUAACACUCUGUCCAGAAAGAGCAGCAUCAGCAGCAACUACCAGUCUGGAUCAGUGAGACAUGUUCCUUCCUUGGACUCAAUUAGCUGUGCUGUGGAUGGAGUACACAUCCAGGAUACUGUUGGCUCCACCAAUCAGCUGGCGGCUGGGGGGAGUGGCGGGGCGGAGAACGGCCUGUUGGCGCCUCCACACAACACCUACGCCCACCAUGGAGAGCGUGCUCGAGCCAUGUCUGCAUCUGGGAAGUCCUGCUCGGCUCGGGAUCAGCUGGCGUUGACCCUGGGCGUGUUGAAUUCGGACGCUCAGAGGAGCAGCAGGGACUCUCUACAUUGUUCCAGUGGUUACAGCACCCAGACCACAACCCCGUCCUGCUCUGAGGACACCAUACACACACACACUGUAAGGAGAGAUCCUCCCUCCUAUGUGGACUAUGAGUCAAUCUCGCUUCACGGGGAUGCCGACUCCAUCUCCUUCCAUCAACUGUCUCACGGUAACAGCCAAUCGGACUUUGACAAGUCAUCGACUAUCCCGAGGAACUCCGACCUAAGAUUCCAGUACAGGGAGUUUGCUCAGUCCAAACGUCCUGCUUCUACUGUCAGCCUAUUGGCCGAUGCUGAGUUAAGUGGCGGACCUGUACGCCAGCUACCAUCUCACACAGCAACCAUCAGACGCAAACCUUCAUCAAAACCGCCAUAUCGCAGAGGCACAAUCAGCGGUGGGGUUCCUAUUCCCAUCUGCACCCCACAGGUACCCCUCAAAGCCCUUGGAGGAAAUGGUGGCAGCGAUGAGAAUGUUUUCACAGCGCCCCCUGUCGGAGGAGUGGGAGGUUUAGGUCACAAUAAACUCUGCACUUCCACCCAGAGCCUCAGUGCUUUGCCUCCUCCUUCGUCUCCAUACUACCAACUCGUCCCAGGUCAGAUGCCCAUCCCGGUGCCUGUACCUACCAUACCCUCCCUGCCUCCAGAGGGGGGCAACAUCAAGCAGCAACAGCAGAGACAAUACCUGCAACAGCAGCAAAUCACCCAGCAACUGAACCACCACCACCAGCAUCGCAGUCAGAUGCAGCAGCACAACCAGCAGCUCCACAUUCAGCAGCAGCAGUGGCACCAACUGCAAAUACAGCAACAGUUUCAACAGAGGCAGCUGCAGCAGCAUCUGCAAGAUCAGAAUCGGCCACCAGAGGAAGAUCAGCUGAGCCAGCAGCAGAAACAGCGGUUAUUCCAGCAACAGCGCCAGGCCCAGUUCCAGGUUCCCGCUGCCCAGGAAGUACCUGCCAACCUGGGCCACAGCACUAACCAUCUGCACCAGGCUCCUCCUUCCUCCAGCCAGGAUCAGAGCUCCGAUCAGCCAACCCAGGAUGGGGAAGGUGGAGGUGGAGACAUGCUGACCCUCAUUAGAAAAGUAAAGCUCAGAAGGACCAUCACCAACGAUCGCUCUGCCCCUUUCCUGCCCUGUCCAACCAAUCACAAAUGAGUCUGAACAAGUGACUUUUCUUUUUCUGCUGUUGCAUUGUUACAUUUACAAGCUUCACCCCCUGAAAUGAGGUACCAGACUGAUUCAGCAUUUGCUCUGUUUUAGUAUGAAAAGGAAAAGAAAAAAAUUUAGCUUCUUCUAAGACUGUUUAGUUUGCAUUUUCAGGCUUUUUGUUGUUUUGUUUUUUUGUUUUUUUUUUGGUUCGUGUUUGGAUUUUGAUUGUAAACAAAGUUUUUGCAUGACUCAGUCUUACAGCUGUUGAUUGUUUUAGUUGGCACUCAUUCCCUGGUCAGACGAUGAUAAUUGGCCCAACCAGGAAGCUGUUAGCAUCUGGAUGUGUUUGAUUUGCUGUUUGCCUAAACUUCCAGGAAGGUGGUGUUUAUCAAUUUGUCCAGUAACUCCAGUGUUACAUGGUUGAACCGUGUUGUGUGGAGUUUUUCAUUAACACUUUUCUGUCUGUGGGUCAGCGACGGUCCAUGGUAUUUGGAAAACUGAAAUGAUUAUUGAAGACUGGAUUAUCUCAAAGAGUUAAAAACACAGAGACAAAUUCUCAGAACAAAUUGUUGACUUGAUCUGUAGAUUGUAAAUAUUUGAACAGAACAAGCUUUUGGAGAAACUUAGGGAGAUUGAAUGUUUUGCCUAAUGGCAGAGGUCAUGUACCCUGUUUGACACGAUAAGUCACAAUUUCAUUGCACUCACUUUAAGUGCUGACUAUUUCUGCCCUGAGGAUGCCAGACAGAGCCUCUGCAGGUUGUAGAAAAGGUCUAAAUAUCUUCUGAUGUGCGGUCUAAGUAAUUAGCUGGUUAAUAUAUAGAGAAGAAAGAAGAUGGUGAUUUAUGGUCGACUGUAAGAGGAAACACUGACGUUUAAGGAGAAGCAGAGUAAUGAACCCGACUAUAUUACUGCUACGAACAUAGCUGGCUAUGACGGGCAGAGCUAUUCCUCAACAAACAAGUCUGUAAUGGAUUGAAGGCAAUUUUAGCAUUUACAGGAGGCAAACAAACAUUGUAAGCCGGUGGAUUAAUGUAGUAACUAUAGCCACCACAAAAUGAUUUUAGGCUAAUAUUUGGUUUUUACAUCAUUAUUAUAAAGGUUUUUACAGUCACUGGUGAUCUCCAAAGAUUCUUCAUCCAGAUCCAUGUCAUCAGUUUAUAGUAGAUUUCUGACUCCUCGUACUGCCACCAGGGGGCAGCAGACACUUCAGUUUCCUUCUGGGAGCCUGUUUGAAACCGUUUCCUUCAUGUGGGUUUUAACUCAGCACUCUGACUCACUUGUUUCCAAAGAUUUAUUUUAAAAACGUCAACAUGUCUUGGUAAAGGUUUUGUAAUAGCACAAGUUAAAGAUUGUUUAUUAAAUUUGGCUUUGUUAUGAAGAAAUGAUGGAUAUUUGGUUUAAGUCAAAUUAUUUUCAGCAGCCUGUUAUUUUAUCAUAAAUUAUUUUAAUUCUAUAAGUUAGAAAAAAAACAUUAGAUUUUUUUUUCUGUUUUUCAGUGAAGUUUGUUUUGCUUUUUGGCUGACCGACUAUUUCAGCUCCAGUUAGUGACAGCAGGUAAAUUUAACAUAUUUACACUUUCUUAGCACACACUUUACUUCAUUUAAAGGCAAAACUCUGGGACUUUUUUCCAUUUUUAAGCAUCACAUGUAGAUUCAGGAUUUGACAUGCUGAAGAAUAGAAACUGUGAGACCUGGUAUUUGUUUGGGUGUUCAAAUUCAAGCCAGUCACUGAAGAAUCACUCAAACUUUGUUUAGUCUUCAAUAACCUCCGACUCAGCAUAUUUACUUCCUCUGACACAUUUAAAAUGCUGUUUUUGACCAGUAAAUUAAUUAUUUGUACAUAGUUUGGUUCAUCCAAAAUAGCUGGUUCUGUUUUGGAUCCUGUUUUUUUGUUGGGGGUGUAAAAUAUUUAGAUCUUUUGAUUUUUCAAACUUUUAUUCACAUCCUGUCUCGAGCUAAAAAAUUCUUUUAUAUUCUUUUACCUGUUUAACAUCGUAUCUCAGAUAUUUUAUAUGGUCAGACUGGUCAGAUUUUUUUUUUUUUUUUUCGGGGUUGGAUCAAUAAUCAGAAGACAGGAAAUGUUCUUUUCCUGUCAAAGAAAAAUGGCGCCAAGUUCAGCCUAUUGAAAAUUCAAAGAAACAACAUCACCUCUGUAUGAUUGUCACGGAUAAACAAGGACAUUAAACUGCUCUGCCGCCUGUUGUUGGAGUUGCUACGCGUGUUGCCGCUUGUUGACUUCCCAUGUUGAGUUUUUAGAGCAUCCUGAAAACAGUCCGAGGUCAUAGGUUCUGUUUGGUUCUGUUUCUGCUUUGAAAAGUCUAGUGUUUUUUUUUUUUUUUGUAGAUAAACUAAUGGUCUGUAAAUCAUCUAAAAAUAGUCAAUCUUCUCCAAACAAAAUGACGUUAAUCAUCCUUUAGGAUGAAUAAAAUCAGGAAACAGACGUUUGAGAAGAUAUAGCCUAAAAUUAGCUGUAAAGUUGCCCGAGCCGUUUAAUUAGCUAGAACUGCUGCAGGUUUCUGUCCGUUUUGUUUCAGCUCUGCCUUUUUUCGAAUGUCUGAUUUCUUUUAAGAUCAAAUUAUUUUCAAACUGAAAAGGACCUUCAGAGUCGUUGAAAGAAAAUCAAGCUUACUGAAAGUGUAAUUAACCAGUCAAAUGAGUAAAAUGUUAGUCUGGUUAGUGGAUUUUAGACAUUUCCUUUGCUGGUGGGGUUUGGGAUUUGGCUACAGCCUUGCUGCAGCUGCAUGCUGGGAAAUGCAGUGCAGGCUCUGGGCAGCUGCUUCUGCUCUCAGAGAAACAUUUGCGCAUCUUAGGAUUCUCUGUAUUUUUUUCUCUCUAUAAAUGUCAUAUUUAGUGAUGACAGAAAGCUGCUUUCUGGUAUGUCUGAGAACUUAUUGGAUUGAACAGACCCAUUAAGCCCCACAGCAGAUUGUGUGUGUGUGUGUAUAUAUUAGUGAUUCUGUUCCGAGGAGAAGUCUAAAUCUUUAUAUGAAAAUGUACGUACACAUAUUCUGAUUGUAUUUUUGUUGAUUUAUUGAUGUGACGAUGUGAACACACUGCCGUCGCUCAUAUUUUUGUAGAAAAGCUUCAAGAAGAAAAACCCAGUGUACUUCCUGAUGUCUGAGGAUCUGACUCGUGAAGGACUGAACAGACGUGUGGACAACAUGAGCAGCAGAAUGUAGUCCUCAUUUGUUCAUCUUUUAUCGUCCACUGUGGGAUUAAUGAUAUUAAUAAUAAUGAGGAUGAUAACUGGUUCUUGUGUGGUAUUUAUUUUAAUUAGUUUUUUUCUUUUUUUCCUGUUUUUGUAGAGGCAAUUUUAUUUGUAUAACAUUUUAUACAGGAAAGCAACUCAAGUAGUUAGAACAUAAAGAUGUGUGAAAGGGUGUGUUACAGCUACAGUAUUUUUAGGACGUGAAUUAUAUAUAUUUUGUUAAUCCUAGAAAACAAUGACAAAGCAGAAGAAGAAAUAUGAAAAGUUGGGGGUUAAAACAGGAAAAAAAAAAAAGUUGACUUAAACUGUUCUGCAAGUCAUGGAUAUUAUAGCAACUUUCGUGAGGGCUGCACUAAAUCUGUGAACAGAGAUUUGGCCUGUAAAUGCACUAAUAUUAGUUAUUAUUGGAAUUCAGAUGAUUUAAAACUUCUUUCACACCAUUUGAAGCACUAUUUUUUACUAAAUUAUAGAUGAUUGCCGCUUGACAUUUAAAUUCUAUUUUUGCCCUCGUCUCUGUUUUGAGGAUGUCUUGUUGCAUGUCUCCACCCACCACAUCUGCUUUCUGGAAGAGCCCAGCAGGAUGAGAAUUCCUCAUCAGAUGGCUUCAUAUGGGCUGAUGAACCAGCUGCUCAUCUUGACUCACACCCUGUUUAAACAUCCUCAGAUGAUCUUCAGGGUGUAAUUUAGGCCAGGGUGGGGCGCGCACACAAAACCUCUCCAGGGAGCACGUUGAACCCGAUAAACUCUCCAUGUGUCAAAAGACCUGCCAGCAGGAAGUCGCACUCUUCUCCGCCAUUGUCGUGUUUUAACUCCAGGAUCAUCUCUGAGCUGUUUACCAUCUGACAAACACAUGCUGAAACACGGGCAACCUUCACCCUCCUGCAAGUCUCACAGAGCCACUUAACUAGGCUGAAUUCCAUUCCCGAUUUCCUUGAGCCGAAUCCUUCCAUUGAAGCGGCGUACAUGUGUCACUCAAAGGGAAUUCUGUUGACUCAUCAGGGGCUUGUUCAACUAAAUAAUCCUGCAGGCGGCAUCCUCCUUUUAAAUAUGGCUGCAGCUCAAAUAUCACAAGUUGAAGGGGGUAUAAAUCAGGUCAUUAUUCUAAGCCAAGAGGGACUUUCUCAAGGGGCAGUCCAGAUCUGUGAGAAGCAGAAAAGCAGGUUCACUGAGAGGGAAUGUAUUACAUAAAAAAAAAAAAAAAAGUUCUGUCAGAGAGGUGUGC